CAAAAACUGAAACAGAGCCACCAUCCUUGAGUUGAGCGUUGCUUAACUUUGUUUUCCAUUUCUGCCAAGAAGUUUUGAUUUUUCUCAUUCUCUCCCUUUUCUUCCAAUUCACUCACUUUUUCCAAAAGGUUUGAAUUUUCUGAAUUAAUCAAUAAGAGAUUUGAAGAAAAGAAUGGAAGGGGGUGAAAAUAGUAAAACUGAGAACCCUAAUUGGGAAAUUGAACUAAGAAAGUAUGAGAAUGUUAUAGCUUCAGGAACCAAUUCUAUGAAAAUCAAAGCUAUCGUUAUGCUUGCUAAUCACUCCAAACAAGUCCCUCAACAUGUUUUAUCCACCACCAUACCAUUUCUCAUUCAGAUUCUUGAUCAUGGCAGCAACACUGAAAAUGAUUCUCCUCCUAGUUUACUUCAAGAAGCUGCUGCUUAUUGCUUGAAGUGCAUUGCUUGCAGAGGUGAUGGUACUAUGGCAGUUGAAAUGGGAAGAGUUGGUGUUACACAUUCUUUGAUAAGAUUGUUGCCUCGUGCCGACGGAAAGAUGCGGAAAGUUCUGAUAAAAUGUUUGUUGGUUGUUGUUAGUUUUUGUAAUACAAGUAGGACAUAUGUUGCAGCUAAUGGUGGAUUAGAAAUUAUUAUUAGUUUGUUGAAUACUUGUAGCAGUGAUGUUAGAUUGUAUUUGUUAGAGAUUUUGAGUGUGUUGGCGCUUCGGAGGGAGGUUAGGAAGGAACUUGUUAGGUUAGGAGCUCUUCGUUUUAUCGUAGAGGCUGCUGGUGUUGGCAGUAUGGUUUCUAGAGAAAGGGCAUGUCAGUCGAUUGGAUUGAUUGGAGUUACGAGACAGGCUAGGCAUACUCUUGUUGAAUUAGGAGUUAUACCGGUGCUUGUGGAGUUGUUUCGUGUCGGAGAUAAUGGUGUGAAGCUUGUAGCUGGUAAUAGUCUUGGUGUGAUGUCGGCUCAUGUUGAUUACAUUAGACCUGUUGGUGAAGCCGGGGCUAUACCUCUUUACGCCGAGCUUCUUCAAGGACGUGAUGCUUCUGGUAAGGAGAUAGCGGAGGAUGUGUUUUGUAUAUUGGGUGUUGCUGAGGCUAAUGCCGUUGAAAUUGUUGGUCACUUGGUGAGGAUUCUUAGAGAAAGUGAUGAUGAAGCGAAAGCAGCAGCUGCUGAUGUGAUAUGGGAUCUGUCGGGAUACAAGCACGCAAUUUCUGUGAUUCGGGAUUCAGGUGCGAUCUCGAUCCUUGUUGAACUUAUGGGUCAUGGGAGUGAAGAAAUAAAGUUGAAUGUUUCUGGGGCAUUUGCUCAACUAAGCUAUGAUGAAGCUGGUAGAACAGCCCUUGCUGAUGCUGGGGCAAUUCCGAUUCUCAUUGACUUGCUACUCAACGAGACCGAGGAACUAAGGGAUAAUGUUGUUGAGACUCUUUCCAAUUUUCACGAGGACCCGUUAUACUGUGAUAGAGUAUCUGACAUAGUUAAUGUUCCUUCGUUCCGAAAUUUGCAGAAUAGACUAAUUAGUAUUCGUACAUCGAACGAGCAUAUGACUAGAUCUUUACGUAGAACGAGUGUUGAGCAGCUAAUUUGGAACCCGGAUCAUGUUUAAUCGACUUACAGCGUGCAUAUAUAUAUUAAGAAGAAAAGGUUGUCAUUUGGAGUACACAAGGAAUAUCUAUCUCCACAGUAUUAUUAAAGAUAGUGCACUGCUUCGUGCAAACGAAAAAACAUGAAAUUGAAGGAGGGUAGACAAAGUUGCAUUUGGAUGGCUAUUACUUGGUGCAUAUGGUUAGUUAGAAACGAUAUUAUUUUCCGGAAAGACUCUUGGAGCGUUCUUAAUACGGUUUGGGCAAUUAAGACGUUGUUAUGGAGAUGGUCUUUCAUGGGGGAGAUUACUUACCCCAAUUGUAACUUCUACGAUUUUUGUAAGGAACCGUUGUUUUUUCUAUUGUAGGGUCAAUUGGUUGGUAAUGUCUUUUUGUCAAGUUUAUCUCGUAUCUUUUGUAACAGGUUUUGAGAACCCUUAGUUCUCCAUCUAAUUUAUCUUGCUUACAAAAAAAAAAAAAAAAGUAUAACCUUAUCAUUUGGUUAAUUAUAUGGGAAUCUGUUAAGUGUGUGUUGCUUCAUUUAAAUGAAAAGAAUGUGUUUUUCCUCAACUUUCAUAAAAAGAAUAAGCCUUGUAUGUGUUUUGACUUUUACGGAAAGAAUAAAUUUGGCUGGCAUUAUAAGAUUCAUUUUCAUCGCGUAUUGUUUAAAGUUUUUUCGUACGUAAUAUAAAAAGAAUUUUACCUCUAUUAUUUUAUAUAUAUUGUUACUAUGAU